CCCAGUCCCGCACUGGGCAGGACCGAGGCCAUUCCCCGAGCGGACAGAGUGCAGCUGUCUCGGGGGUCCCAGUACUUGUCCAGCUCUGCUGUGUCAGCGAUGGAGACUGGUCGUGUCCUGGGAGCUGGGGCUGUGCUGGUGGCACUGGUGGUGCUGAGAGCCCACCCAGCUGGUGGCGAGGAGCCCUCGGAGGUUAUCCUGGAGAUGGGUGAGGCCGAGUGUCAGUACCUCAACGGCACCCAGCGGGUGAGGUAUGUGCAGAGGUACAUCCACAACCGGGAGCAGUACGCGCACUUCGACAGCGACGUGGGGCUCCAUGUGGCCGACAACCCCCUGGGUGAGAUCCAAGCCAAGCACUACAACAGUCAGACACAAUUCAUGGAGCACAGACCGGCUGAGGUUGACACAUUCUGCCGGCACAACUACGAGGUUUUGACCCCCUUCCUCACAGAGAGGAAAGUUCAGCCCAAGGUGAGGGUCACACCCAUGCAGUCGAGCUCCCUGCCCCAGAUCAAGAGGCUGGCUUGCUACGUGACGGGCUUUUACCCGGCGGAGGUCGAGGUGAAGUGGUUCCACAACGAGUGGGAGGAUACGGAGCGCGUGGUGUCCACGGACGUGAUCCCGAACGGAGACUGGACCUACCAGGUGCUGGUGAUUCUGGAAACCACCCCGCAGCGUGGGGACACCUACACAUGCCAGGUGGAGCACGUCAGCCUGCAGCACCCAGUCCGCCAGCGCUGGGAGCUGCAGUCGGACAGCACCCGCAGCAAGAUGCUGAUGGGGGUGGGGGGCUUUGCGCUGGGGCUCAUCUUCCUGGCGCUGGGGCUCGGCCUCUACGUGCGCAAGAAGGGUGCCUCGUUCCCCGGGCUGCAGGGCUCCUGAGCGACCUCCUGCCCCCGCUGCUCCGCUGCGCCGCUGCCCGUCCUCUGCUCCCCCGCGUCACCUCUGCCUCGCACC